CACUGAGUCCGCACACGGCACACUAUCACGUCUGCACAGCGGACAGAAACAAAACGAAACAGUUUCAACUAAAGCCAAACUUUUCUCUUUUCUCUUUCUGGACGCGUUCAGUUCGGCUCGAGAACAUCCUUCAGUUGUGAAGUUGGAGGAAACAAGUGAACCAGUCAUGGAAAGUUGAAAUCAAUAGAAGGCUCCCUGAUUGGUUGACAAAGCUUGUGAUGUAAUGACUGAUGAUGUAAGCCCCGGGCCGAGGUGAAUGAGAGGACUGUUCUCCUUCUCGGCCUCUGUCAGCUUGCAGCAGCGUUGGCCUGUCCUCAAAUUGGUGUUGCCAUGGUUAUACCGGCUCUGAGAAUGCCACCAGCAGGUGUUUGACACGGUCUGCUGUGACCCCGCCCCUUCCUUCCUCCUGACACAUUGAGCCCGCCUCUUCCAAGAUGUCUUCUCAGGACGCGCCCAUCCAGGGUUCACGGGCGGUGACCCCCCCUCUGAUCUCUGUGGGAUCCCCACGUUCUCCACUGUCACCAGAGUCCCUGCAGCCUCCAUUCUGCAGACACAGAGACCGCUCGCCUUCCCCCAUGAGAGGCUACCUCAUCCCCAGCCCUCUGCCCACCCGCAGGAACAGGACCUGCUCAGCGACGGCUCGUGCAUCAGAGGGUCCCAUGUUUACUGGUGUGUGUAAAUGUUUCUCCCGCUCCAAAGGCCACGGCUUCAUCACGCCAUCAGACGGCGGCAAAGACAUCUUUGUCCACAUCUCAGACAUCGAGGGCGAGUACGUGCCGGUGGAAGGCGACGAGGUGAGCUACAAGAUCUGCUCCAUCCCUCCCAAACACGAGAAGGUCCAGGCGGUGGAGGUGACCAUAACCCACCUGAAACCGGGAACAAAACACGAGACCUGGGCGGGACGAGUCGUCAGCAGCUGAACGCUGACCCCGGCAGGGGGCUGGGCCAAGGCGGGCGGGAAGGAAGAUAUGGUGGAAAUUGGGAGGGAUGGAAGGGUUAGGAGGGAGUGCUGGAUGAUUGGACAGGAAGGAUAGAAAAUAAGGGAUGUUACAGAGAAGAGUGGGAAGAGGGAAACCUGGGUGAUGUUCUUAAUUCUCCUCGUUUAGCACUCCAAACAGCCGGGAGACGACAGAGCAGGCACAGCUGAUCAUGAUCUCCUAGUUUACUUCUGUUCACAUGUGGGAGGCUUCCUCUGCCCUGCCUGGGGAAAUAAGUAACUAUCCUUUGGGAAACAAUAGGUUUGACUGUUGUAGGCUGAUGAUUACAGUGAAGACAUGUUUAUCAUAGAAAGACUUCUAACAUUUUUUAGACCCUCUGUGUUGAAAUUUGAUGGUGAGUUGUUUGAAAUAGUUAAACUUGAUGAAUUUCUUCCUCACGUGGAGAGUGUUGUUGAGGAACAGACACAGGCUGUAUGAGCGCUCCGGGUUCCACUGUCAGCAUGCAUGGGCUUCAUUUUCCACAUAUAUACCCAGAGAACCGACGGCUCUGUUUGUGCCUACUUACACCGAUCUGUCAUCUGUGUUUGAUCAUUUGUGGGUGAAUUAAAGCAUUUUCAACCAUUAA